GCGCAGAGUCUCGAUUUGUAAAGCCUGGAAAUAAAUAAAAGUGGUCAAGAUGACUCAAAUUCAUCGUAAAAUAUAAAAUACAUCCAUGAAAUAAGGUCGGUUUGAACCCAGAGGAUCAAACGCCCUCUUUUGAUGAUUUAAAAAAAAAAUUUUUAUGGCCACACUCACCUUGAAACUGAAAUCCUCUCAGUCUGGCGGCCAUCCACGACCUGGAGUUUUAAGCUUGGUGUGAUGUCUGGUCUGGUGUGGGAAUUGCGACACCUUCUUUGCGUUAAAACACAGGUGAGAACUGGCAGCAACAUAUAUAAAAGACUUCCUCCACCGCUCUGACCAAAGCACUGACAGCAAGGUUACCUUUUGGAACCUUGGACCGCACCACCAGACAAAGAUUUUUUUGAAUAACUAAUAAUUUUCGCUGUAACUUUUUUUUUUGUCGUUUCCUCAGUUUUGAAAAACAAAUUACAUCAACUCUGUUUUGACAAUCGUCCCUUUUUGUGUUGAAGAAUGGCUCGCCAUAUCAGUUUAGUUUUUUUGUCAAGUUGGACAGCUGUCGCCUUCGCGUUCCCUCACAAUACUUUUGACAACAUUAUUAAAAGAUCAAGAGUGGAAUUUGAAUCAUCUGGCAGUGGACCGGAUAAACCUGUCCGGGGAAUAGUGAAGGUUGUGCAGCUGGAGCCUCGUGCCCUGGCCCACUCAGGCGUCUUCAGAGGAGGACUCACCCCCAGGAGAACACCCUCCCUCAGCUCCAGAAUGUCCUUCCCUGCUUUCUUGUCUCACGGGCGUCCAGGUCCGGCCCUGGCCCCCAAAGCCCCAGUGAGUCCUCUACAUCUCCUGCACCCUAGAAGACCCGCUGGAAUGGAACUGAAGAAGAGGCAAGGCCUGCAGAUGUGGCAGAGAGCCAUCAAUAAAGGAGACAAGAUGAGCGUUUCCUUGCCAAUCAACCUUAAGGACACUAAACAGGCGUGCACUGCGGUACCUUUCACUCAGCGCGUGACGGCAGACGGGUGCGAUGCAGUGACGGUGCACAACAAGCUGUGUUUCGGCCAGUGCAGCUCCCUGUUCGUGCCGUCCGAGGGGGAGUUUGCCGGGACGGGGGCCCUCCGCCACCGGGCCCCUUGCUCCCGCUGCGCCCCGUCCAGAACUCACACCGUGACUGUGCCCCUGCGCUGCGGAGCCACGGUCCACGUGAAGCGGGUGAUGGUGGUGGACGAGUGCAAGUGCGAGACGAGCCGAGAGGAAAAGAGUGCCGAGGCUGCGGCAUCCACACACCUGUAA